AUGAGUGGCCAGAGCAUUCUUAAUCAACCACUGCUGAACAAGGGCUCAGCAUUCACUAAACGUGAGCGAGAACUAUUCAACUUGUGCAGCCUACUCCCGUAUCAAGUCAACACGUUGGAAGAACAAACGAAUCGACUUCAAGAACAAUACAACCAGCUGAAACGACCCAUUAUAAAAAACGCAUUUAUGCAGAAUAUUCAUGAUCAAAACGAAACACUGUUUUACAACUUUAUUUUACGAAAUCUGAAGGACAUCUUACCCAUCAUCUAUACGCCUACCGAAGGAGAAUACAUUGCAAGUUACUCGCACGUAUUUCAUCGUCCGCGUGGCGUGUAUUUGAAUUUUACCGAGUCUGAUCAGCUCGAACACGUUCUUCUCGAAGCAGCACUGCAAAAUGGCAUGGCUCCUAAAGAUAUUGAUGUUAUUGUCGUCACUGACAGCGAGGAAAUCUUGGGAAUUGGCGACCAAGGCGUAGGUGGUGUUGCUAUAUCAGUAACAAAGCUCGUCCUUUACACUGCCUUGGCCGGCAUCAACCCUGCUCGAACGCUUCCUGUCGUUCUCGACGUCGGCACCAACAACCAAAAGCUAUUGGACGACCCAUUAUAUCUCGGCUGGCGCCAUGAACGAAUCCGUGGCGAUGAGUAUGACACGUUUGUUGAACAAUUUGUUGACUGUGUACGCACAAACUUUAAGAAUGCAUUUUUGCAUUGGGAAGACUUUGGUGUGGACAAUGCGAGACGACUGUUGACUAGAUAUCAGCCCGCCAUGUCUACGUUCAACGACGAUAUCCAAGGCACCGGUGCUAUUACCUUGGCAUCCAUUAUGGCUGCGCUCAAGCUCACAGACGGAUCGAUGACCGAUCAAAAGAUUGUUAUCUUUGGUUCUGGAACAGCAGGCAUUGGUAUUGCUGAUCAGAUUCGCGCCUACUUAGAAACGCGGUGCAAUUUAUCCAAGGAAGAGGCAGCCAAGCGUUUCUGGUGUGUUGACAAGCCAGGGUUGUUGACACAGGACCUGACGGAAGGGGAUUAUGUCAUUACCGAUCAACAACGCGUGUAUGCUCACUCGAAGGGUGAAAUUAAAGAUUGGAAGCUGGGCAAUGAUAAGCAGCAUCCUCAACUGCUCGAUGUAGUUAAGAAUGUCAAGCCUACGGUGCUUAUUGGCUGUUCAACAGUACAUGGUGCUUUUACCGAAGAGAUUGUACGAGCAAUGGCUGAGCAUUGUGAUCACCCUAUCAUAUUUCCACUUUCAAAUCCGACCCGACUGCAUGAAGCCAAACCUGCUGACCUAUUUGAAUGGACGCAAGGAAAAGUGUUUGUGGCUACGGGGUCCCCAUUCGAUCCGGUCGAAUACGACGGCCAAACGUACGAGAUCGCCGAAUGCAACAAUUCGUUUGUGUUCCCCGGAAUCGGGUUGGGCUGCAUCGUGGGUCGUACAAAACAUUGCACAGACCAAAUGAUCUUUGCAGCCGCCAAUGCAAUCAGCGAAUGCUCACCCUCUACUAAAUCCAAGGAUCGUACCAAGAGCUUGCUCCCGGACAUCAACGACGCGCGACAUGUCAGUGCUAAAGUAGCCACUGCAGUCGUUCGAGAAGCAAUCAAACAAGGCGAAAGUCGACGUCAAUUCGAGGAUGUUCAAAAAGUUGUGCAAGAAUUUAUGUGGGAACCCAAGUAUGCUGAAUACGAAUUGAUGCAGUAA